UUGUACAGUUUAGUACUAUGGCUUCUACUCUGAGAAAAUUGACUACUAUUGACAGUGACACCACAAGAGAAAAUCUGAUCAAAUUGUUGCCAAAUGUAGCAGCUGGAUCGACAAACAUGUGCUUGGGCCUUAGUCAAGGCUUACAGGUACUUCGAGAGGACAAUGGGGAUGCAUUAGGAGAUGAAAUCAUCUUUCUGACAGAUGGUCAGGCAACGGACAACAUUGCUGAUUGUGUUCCAUCUGCAAUACAAAGCGGUGCCAUUAUACACACACUAGCUUUUGGCAAUAGUGCAUCUUAUGUACUGACAGAAAUGGCAAACAAAACUGGGGGUAAAUUUUUAUCAUCCAAUGAUAAGACCACAUCUAACCAGUUAAUGGAUGCAUUUGCUUCAAUUACAUUAUCAACUGGAGAUUACACAAACGAACCAGUUCAGCUAGAGAGUAUUGGAGCAAGAACAUCUAAUUGGUUCAAUGGGACAGUAUCAGUGGAUCAGACUGUUGGAAACAAAACCAGCUUUGUAAUAAUCUAUGAAAUAAGUUCUCCUAGCAUUUACAUACAGUCACCAAGUGGCUUAAUCUACACUCAGACAAAUAUGAGUGAUGAUGGAUCUCUGAAAACAGUCUUUUUAAAAAGUUCCAGGAACUGCAGAGGUAUGAUAACCCUUAUGAACUAG